GAUGUGCUGACACACAUGCACACUGUCCUCGUUACUCGGGCCUCCAUCUCCAACUUAUCUGCAUCAUGACUGCACCUGUCGCUCUGCUGGUUUUGUGCUGGGCUUUUAGAGUGAGCUGCAGUAACAGUACGCCUGAAUGGUUCCACAAUAUUUCUACCAAUCUCUUCAAUUUGUCUGGGGACAUAAUGCUUGGAGGACUCUUUCCCAUUAACCGGCUCACCAGCAACCUCAGCCAGAGGACAGAGCCUAACAACAUCAGCUGUGAAAGUUUAAAUGACUAUGGACUGGGCCUCGCUCUUGUUAUGAAAUAUGCAGUGGAUGAGAUCAACGCAAACCAGUCUGUCCUCCCUGGCAUCAAGUUGGGUUAUGAAAUCUAUGACACCUGCAAACAAUCUGCUGUCAUUGUGAAGCCUACUAUCUCCUUCCUCACUACAAAAUCUAACAAAGCACUGUCUGUGGAGUGCAAUUACACCAAUUAUGAGACCAGUAUAUCAGCCGUGAUCGGUCCUUAUAACUCAGAGAUGGUGUCAGUCAUAGGAAAACUCCUGGGAUUUUUUCUGAUGCCACAGAUUAGCUUUGGCGCCACCAGUGACAAAUUCAGUGACAAGCUUCUCUACCCGUCAUUCUUCCGGACGGUGCCCAGUGACAAAGGACAAGUGGAAGUCAUGGUGCUUCUGAUGGAAAAGUUUGGUUGGAACUGGGUGGCGGUGGUGGGCAGUGAAGAGGAGUAUGGACAACGAGGCGUGCAGGAAUUCUCCAAAAUAGCAGCAAAUAAGUCUAUCUGUGUGGCCUACCAGGGGUUGAUUCCGGUAUACACUGACCCUGAACCAGCAGUCAAAACCAUCAUCGACAAUAUCAAUGCAACCAACGUUGGAGUAGUCGUGGUCUUUUCUCUCCCAGACCAGGCAGAGUUCUUUUUUAAAGAGGUUAUCAGGAGCAAUAUAAAGGGUGUGUGGAUUGGCAGCACAAGUUGGGCCAUCAGUAAUCAACUGACCUCUCUCCCCAAUAUCCAAACAAUCGGUACAAUAAUUGGAUUCACUGACAAGACACAGACCCUGGAUCUGCUCGCUGCAUACACAGAAAAGCUCUUCAAUAAAAUGAGUGAGGAGAACGUACACAUGUCUCAUCCAGCACCAACCUUGAUCAAUCCUCUCAAUCCCUGCCCACAGUGUUGGAACUUGUCUCCUGCUAACAUGAGUUUGGUGACAGAACCUGUACUGCAGCGCACAGCUUUCAGUGUGUAUGCUGCCAUCUACAGUGUGGCACAGGCACUGCACACCCUGCUGGGAUGCAAUUCAACUGCCUGUGUGCAUGGACCCAAAACCAAAAUCUAUCCAUGGAAGCUGUUGCAGGCUUUAAGGAAUACCUCUGUAGACAUAAAUGGUGCACAUUUAGUAUUUGAUAGUAAUGGCAACCCAAACAUAGGAUACAAUUUGGUUCAGUGGGUCUGGAAGGACUCAGGUUUAGACUUCGUAGAGGUUGGAAGCUUUCUUAAUCAACUGGACAUGAACAUGUCACUCAUCAAAUGGCACACUCCAAACUCAAAGGUUCCUCAGUCCACCUGCUCAGGAGCAUGUGAGAAAGGCCAGGUCCGCCGAGUCAAAGGCUUCCAUUCCUGCUGUUUUGACUGUAUUGACUGUUUGCCAGGGACUUACCAGGCACAUGAGGAGGACAUUCAGUGCACUCUGUGCCCUAAUGGUCAAUGGUCUCUGGAACGUAGCACUAAUUGCACUAAACCAACCUUUGAAUUUUUAUCCUGGGACACACCUGAAGCUCUGGAAAUGAUGCUGGCUGGGGUGCUGGUGCUGAUAUCUCAGGUGUCAGUGGGUGUUGUGUUUCUAAAACAUCGGAGGACCCUAUUGGUGAAGGCCUCUGGGGGAGCCCUGAGUUUUGUGACUCUGUUAAGUCUGAUGGGAGCUUGCCUCAGUCUGCUCCUCUUCCUUGGGCAGCCAGGGGACACAGUGUGUCGGCUUCAGUUGCCCCUCACUGCCAUUUUCCAAACGGUGGCCCUCUCCAUUAUCACAUCCAUCUCACUACAGAUAUUGUAUGUGACAGAGUUCCCAAAGAUGGCUGCCUCUCACCUGCAUAUACUAAGAGGCCCUGGAAGCUGGAUGUUUGUGGUAGUCUGCUGUGCUGUGCAGGCUGGUAUCUGCGGCUGGUUUGUUAAGGAAGGGCCCUCUCUGUCUACAUAUGUGGCAAAUAUUAAAAUUGACUUUGUGAAAACAUUUCUUUCAUGUCCAGUGUCACCCUUGUCUGGAUUUGCCAUAAUGCAAGGUUUCAAUGGUGCAAUGGCCCUUAUAUCAUUCAUGUGCACCUUCAUGGCAGUAAAGCCCCUUCAUCAGUACAACCUUGCAAGGGACAUCACCUUCUCCUCACUGAUCUACUGCGUGAUUUGGGUGACAUUUAUUCCAAUCUACAUAGGCUUGAAUGACAAAUACAGGUCAAUCGUCCAUGUUUCUUUCACCUUGAUAAGCAACUUCGGGCUGAUGGCAGCCUACUACUUCCCGAAAUGCUUUUUGCUGUUGAGAAAACCUGAGCUCAAUACAGCAAAAUACUUCUGUACCUUCCUAGAGGGUAUCCCACCAACACCAUCUGAGGAGGAACCACAGACACAAACAGAAUCAGACAAAUGAACUUCAAUGCUUUGUCAAAUUUGAAUGUUUCUUUCAGAUAAGGCACAUUUGAUUGUUGAAUCUGACUCAUAGUAUCAUUGGUUGUAAAGCUUUCCAUAAUGAAAAAAUCAUCUUUACUAUUUUUUCUUUUCUGUCUGUUGGAGACAUAGAAUUUUUUAUUCAUCAAUCCAUUCACUCCCUUUGCAUGAUAUGAGUCCUUUUACUUUUUUUUGAGAAGGUAGAGAGAAGGAGACCACGGUAGGCUGAUUCUUGCAGUCGAUUUUGUAUUUUCCUUUUUAUAACAUAACUGAGGUUUACAGAACAAGGAUAACA